AGAUAGUGCAUGGAAAUUCUGGGAGCCAACUAUAAUUAUAAUCCAUAUUGUCCACUAGCCUUCAAAUCCAAUUAUCAACCCAGUUUAUCAUCUUACUCCAUUCAACAUCCGCCACUUCUCAGUACUAAAACUCUGCUCCACCCACUAAGGCUACGUUUCACAUCUCCAUCUAACUUUUCUGGUUGUGUCCCCAUCGAAAUGUCACAAGCUGGUGAAGGGAAGGAUGAUACAAAACCAACUCUUUCUCCAUAUGAAGAGGCAAUGGAGGCGCUAUCGUCAUUGAUCACAAAACGCAGUCGCGCUGAUAAGAGCAAUAAAGGGGAUAAAUAUGAAUUGCUCUUUGACUAUGUCAAGAUACUGGAGCUAGAAGAGCCGAUUAAGCAGAUGAAGGUUAUCCAUGUGGCAGGUACAAAAGGAAAGGGUUCAACUUGCGCCUUCUCAGAAUCUAUAUUGCGCAACUGUGGCUUUCGUACUGGGCUUUUUACAUCUCCUCACCUCAUUGAUGUUAGAGAAAGAUUCCGAUUGGAUGGAAUGGACAUAAGUGAAGACAAGUUUUUGGCAUAUUUUUGGUGGUGCUUCGAUAGAUUCAAGGAAAGAACCACUGAUGAGGUCCCAAUGCCCACUUACUUUCGCUUCCUUGCGCUACUAGCCUUCAAAAUAUUUGCAGCAGAGCAGGUAGAUGUUGCUAUUUUGGAGGUUGGAUUAGGAGGCAAAUAUGAUGCAACAAAUGUGGUUGAGAAUCCAGUUGUUUGUGGCAUAUCUUCACUAGGGUAUGACCACAUGGAGAUUCUUGGAAAUACUCUUGGACAAAUUGCUGGAGAAAAGGCAGGAAUCUUCAAGCGAGGAGUGCCAGCCUUUACUGUUCCCCAGCCUGACGAAGCAAUGCUUGUGCUUGAAGAGAAGGCUUCUGAGUUGGAUGUACAUCUUGAAGUAGCUGCUCCACUUGAUGCCAGCGUGCUGAGUGGUUUACAUCUUGGGCUAGAGGGUGAGCACCAAUAUAUAAAUGCUGGUCUUGCCAUUGCAUUAUGCUCUACUUGGCUACAGAGAACCGGCCACAGUGAAGUUAAUUACCUAAAAGAUAUGACACAUCUACCUGAGCAAUUUGUGAAAGGGCUAGCAACAGCUGCUUUACAAGGCCGUGCUCAAAUUGUGCCUGACCAACUCAUAGAGAGUGAAAGCUUAGGGGAACUUGUGUUCUACUUGGAUGGUGCCCAUAGUCCUGAAAGCAUGGAUGUAUGUGCCAAAUGGUUUUCACUGGCGAUCAGAGGAGACUACAAGCAGCACAAUUCCUCUGCCAGUAAUACUGGACAUAAUGAAUUGGAAACCUCGCAUGAUUCCGUAGAGAUUAGCCAUCAUGAAGCAUCCAAGAAAAGCGCAACACAAUUCUUACUCUUCAACUGUAUGUCAGUGAGGGAUCCUGAAUUACUUCUUCCAAGGCUGAUGAGGGCGUGUGCUAGUCAUGGAGUCCACUUCCAGAAAGCACUCUUUGUACCUAACAUAUCAGUAUACUACAAGGUGGGUGCAAGUGCCUCAUCGCCAACUGAUACUCAAGUUGAUCUCUCAUGGCAGUUGACUCUACAAAGAAUAUGGGAAAACCUUGUUCAUGGGGAAAAAGUUACAGGAAAUGAUGUGAAUAAUACAGACCAUACACACGAAGAAGUAACAGAUGAUGCAGAGAAAGGAGCUCGAAGUUGUGAGAACAGCAAAGUGUUUCCUUCACUCCCUGUAGCAAUAAAUUGGCUUAGGGACACUGUUCGUAAAAACCGAUCUGGUCGUUCCCAGGUCCUGGUGACAGGGUCUUUACAUCUCGUGGGUGAUGUUCUGAGAUUAGUCAAGAAGUGAGCUGCUAGCAAUGUCUAAUUGUAAUCCCUCUGUUUCCAAUUCAUUCUUGCUUCUGAUGAUUCAAUGGAGAACGCGGAAGACAUGAUAGAUUUGUUUUCUGUUUACUACACUGAAGCAUCAACCUCUUAGUUAUACCAGGCUCCAGUUGAUCCUCAGCUCCCAUGUUCUUGGUCAGAAGUCGUGGAGAUUGAUCUUUUAUGUACAACUGCAUUUCAUGUGUAUUUUUUCCGACUUUACCAAAGCAUAUAGCAUGAUUUUUUGAAAAUUGUUCAAUUACAAUUGUCAUAUUUUUCCCAA